CUUUGAUUGAAUACAGAAAGAUCUAGGCCUGUUGAUAUUUAAAACCACACGCAUCACUACUUAUUUUUAAGGCUUAAAAAUGUAUUUAAUUAUUUUGAAACUCAUCACCGAUACUAGAAAUUGUGAUUCGACGACAAGGUGCAAAAGGGCACUUGACUGCAGGCAUUAAGUAGCUCUCCAGGGUGCUGAAGUUGAAGUCUCUCAACGCCACUGACGAGCCUCAUCAAACUGUUGUUUGUGAGCUAAGAUUUCGGAUUCACUCGCAUUAUUUAUGCUGCCAAGGAACUAUUGGUGUUGGAAAAGAAGAAAAACGUUGUGAACUCUUUCAAGGAUAUCACGCACUAUUCUUAAAUUCAGUUCAUGAAGGAAACGCACUGGAGGAAAAAGGUAAAACUUUGUGGAAAUCUUUUCAUGCGCCCAGAGUCCCAAAAAUAAUGGUAUAUUUUUUGUAACAGCCAUCUCUCAUAACGGCUUCUAAAGGAGGACAAUGCAAUAUAUUCACCUCCCAUUCGGAGGUGCUUUAUUGGAGUUAUCCAGUUACCCUUGUUGCUCCAUCAUCAGGAGCAAACACAGCCUCUCAACACUUCCAUUUUACAGCAUUAGACUAUGGAUUAUUCUUGGUGUUUUGACGUUUCCAUGUUGUGUCCAAUGCCUGAUUUUCAAAGUGGGAGUCCUUGGGCCUUGGAACUGUGACCCUUUUUACUCAAAAGCACUACCUGACGUUGCAUCGAGAUUGGCUGUUGGUCGCAUAAACGAGGAUUUCAGUUUAGACCUGGGCUGUACAAUGGACUUCAUCAUUCUUCAAGAGGCUUGUGAAACAUCCAAAGCAUUGACAUCAUUCAUACAAUAUGAGAAUGCAGCUGAUGUGUUUGUAGGCCCUACCAAUCCAGGAUAUUGCAAUGCCGCAUCUCUCAUGGGCAAGAAUUGGGACAAGGCUAUAUUUUCAUGGACGUGUAUUAACUAUGAGUUAGACCGGGCUCAAGGCUACCCAACAUUUGCACGAGCUUUACCAUCUCCAACACGGGUGCUUUUCAAUGUGUUGAAGUAUUUUAGAUGGGCUAACAUAGGAAUCGUGUCUUCUAAUGAGGAUAUGUGGAUCAACACUGCUGCCAAACUGGCCAGUGCUCUCAGAAGCAAGGGGCUGCCCAUUGGCAUCAUUGCGUCUGUGGGAAUGAAUGACACCAUGAUAGAGAACACGUUGACGAGAAUCCAAAACGCAGGGGAAAUAAAAGUCAUCAUUAUGUGUAUGCACUCAGCGCUCAUCGGAGGAGAGCAACAAACAUCUUUCCUGAUGAAGGCUUAUGACAUGGGGCUGACAAAUGGACGCUAUGUGUUUUUAUCAUACGACACUCUCCUGUACAGCCUGCCCUACACCAAUACCACCUAUUUCCCACUACAAAACAACAACAAACUACGCAAAGCCUUUGAUGCUGUACUCACUGUCACAGUUGAGUCGGAGUUGAUGUCGUUCAACGAAGCAUUCAAUAUGGCCAAACAGCUAGGAGAGCUAACAGUGUCACAAGAGCCAGAGCAGGUCUCUCCACUUUUUGGUACGAUAUACAACAGUUUGUACCUCAUUGCCAAGUCCAUGCACAAUGCCAGAAGGGCAGGUAAGUGGCUCUCUGGAACCAACCUGGCCUUCUUCACGAGGAACAUGACGUUUAAUGGGUUCAACCAGAACAUCAGCAUAGAUACCCAAGGGAACAGGCAGACCAACUUUGUGAUCUUGGACACUGAUGGCUGGGGAACUCAACUAUAUCGCUGCUUUCAAGUGGACAUGAGUUCAGACAUGGUGUUGUUUGCUGGCACGUCCAUUCACUUCCCCGGAGGCUCCCCCCCAUCUUCUGACUCUAGCUGCUGGUUUGAAUCCAAUGCUAUCUGCACAGGAGGUGUGGAAAUAUUAUAUGUCAUCAUAGCGUUUGUGAUCAUCUUCAUUUUAGUUCUUAGUUCUGUUGGCCUAACUCUAUUCAUAAGGAGGCGAAUCCAACAAAUCCAGUUGAUCAAAGGGCCUAACAGAAUCCUGCUUACACUUGAUGACCUGACCUUCAUCAACCCUCUGUUGAGCAAGAUGAAAAUCACCCUUGAGGAUCUUAGUGAUUCAAAAAGUUGCAUUGAGGAGAAGAGCAUAGGCGACUGUUCCCGCUCUGUGAAUAGUAUGGCAACAGCAACACAUGAAUCCUCAAACGUGGCUGUAUAUGAGGGGGACUGGGUGUGGCUGAAAAGAUUUAAGGAGGGACAUUUCAACGACAUCAAACAGAGUACCACUAAGAUUUUCACCAAGAUGAAGGACCUAAGGAAUGAAAAUGUCAAUCCAUUCCUGGGGUUCUUCACUGAUUGUGACAUUUAUGCCAUUGUCACUGAACAUUGCUCUCGAGGGAGCCUACAUGACCUCCUUCGUAAUGAAGAUGUCAAACUUGACUGGAUGUUUAAAUCCUCCUUACUGCUGGAUCUUAUCAAGGGCAUGAAAUAUCUUCACCACAGGGAAUUUCCUCAUGGGCAUCUGAAGUCUCGUAAUUGUGUGGUAGAUGGACGUUUUGUUCUAAAGAUCACAGAUUAUGGUUACAAUGAGAUUAUUGAGACCCAGAAAGCUCCAAAAGAGUCCCCACCUCCUGAGGAUCUUUUCUGGACAGCUCCUGAACAUCUUAGAGAUCCAGACAAUCCAUGGAAAGGAACGUUUAAAGGAGAUGUUUACAGCUUUGCAAUUAUACUUCAAGAAGUAGUUGUCAGAGGAGCCCCCUACUGCAUGCUUGGCUUGUCUCCUGAAGCGAUAAUAAGGAAGGUGAAGAAGCCUCCGCCUAUGUGUAGGCCCACUGUAGCCCCAGAUCAAGCCCCACUGGAAUGCAUCCAAUUAAUGAAACAGUGCUGGAGUGAACAACCUGAUAGAAGGCCUUAUUUUGAUGAGAUCUUUGAUCAGUUCAAGCUCAUCAACAAGGGCAAAAAGACCAAUAUUAUUGACUCCAUGUUGCGCAUGCUGGAGCAGUACUCCUCUAACCUGGAGGACCUGAUCAGGGAGAGGACAGAGGAGUUGGAGGUAGAGAAACAAAGAACAGAGAAGCUUCUGGCUGAGAUGCUUCCUCUUUCUGUGGCAGAAGCUCUGAAAACCGGUGUCUCUGUUGAGCCAGAGUACUUUGAUCAGGUCACCAUCUACUUCAGUGACAUUGUGGGCUUCACCACCAUCUCAUCUCUUAGCGAUCCAAUUGAGGUUGUAGAUUUGCUCAACGACCUUUACAGUCUAUUUGAUGCUGUUCUGGGCAGCCACGACGUCUACAAGGUUGAAACCAUUGGAGAUGCUUACAUGGUGGCCUCUGGGCUGCCAAAGAGGAACGGCAACAACCAUGCAGCUGAGAUCGCCAACAUGUCCCUGAAUAUACUUAGCUCUGUGGGCUCUUUCAAGAUCCGGCAUAUGCCAGAAAUUCCGGUUAGGAUACGGAUAGGCAUUCACUCAGGGCCGUGUGUUGCUGGAGUUGUGGGUCUAACUAUGCCUAGAUACUGCCUUUUUGGAGAUACAGUCAACACCGCCUCUCGUAUGGAAUCUACAGGGUUGCCUUACAGAAUACAUGUAAACAUUAGUACAGUGAAGAUUCUCCGGUCAUUGAACGACGGCUACAAUAUAGAUGUUAGAGGAAAGACAGAGCUAAAGGGAAAGGGCAUUGAAGAAACAUACUGGCUUGUUGGAAAAUCUAAUUUUACAAAGCCUUUGCCAAACCCACCAGAGAUCAAACCAGGAGAUAACUGGCAAGACAUGGUGACAGAUGAGAUCAAGUCAAUAUUCCGCAAGGCCAACAGACAAGUGGACAAGCCCAAAAUCUGAGAAGCAAAGAGGGGGACAAUAUAACUGAAGAAGGAAAGACAGAUAACCAACUGGACGAGAGAGAGACAGAAGGAGAACACAUGUGUGUAUCACUACAGCUUACAAAGACUGCUUUAAUAGGAUUGAUUGUUGUCUGUCUAAUCCGACUCUGUCCAGCACAGCAGAAACAACAGUGCUAAUGAAAUUGCAGCUGAGAAACAGGUAGUCAGUGAAAGUGUUUUCCUUCCCAGUGUCUAAAGCUGUCACACUUGCUCUGUUUUGGCCACAGAGUGGCCCCACAUGCAUACCAACUUUAUCACAGAGGUUUCAUGUUUUGUGUAUUCAUUUAUUUGAUACUCAUGGUUGACCUUUAUAUGAUUUUCUUUGAUCUUCUUGAACCAAAAAAACAGUGUAGUGAUGAUCAGAUUUGGUAAAGCUUAAUGGACAUCUGUCACAAAGAACAAAUGCACUACUAUAGUGAUAUUAAUGAAAUGGACGGACUGACCGAGGUUGGUUGAGAGCAAGUAAUUGCAAAACUAUGGCUGCUGUAUGUUACCAUGCUAUUUCUGGAUUGGUGAAAAUUGUAAAAUGUGUUAAAACUAUUAUGCUGAAUAAGAAGUUUAAUAAGAGAAAUUACAUGAUUGAAUGCAAUAAUUCUGUGUUUACUACUGAUUUAUGCUAAAUUGUAUUCAUACUAUGCAUAUGUAUACUUCAUAAUAGUCAUACUUUGCUAAACAUUUAAAACACAAGGCAAAUCUGAUAUAUAAGUGUUGUCAGUUAAACCUUUUCUCUCCCAAGUAACCAGUUUAAUAUAGGGUCAUAUCUCUCUCUGAUGAACCACUUAUGCUUGUAAUAAAAGUAAAAUGACACUAUUUAGUUGUCAUGCUGUUUAAGUUGUAUUAAACAUGUAGGCUGGGGUUGUCUGAGAGGGUAUGACUGCCUUACAUAUGCUGGUUAAAAUGUUAAAGAACUUACACAUUUUGCAUUUUAAGUUAAUCAAAUCUAUCAAUGAAGGGCACAGCCUUAUGAGUGACUCAGUGGCAUUUUGUAAUUAUCAUUUUGUGACUGUCAAAAACAAAACAGGCUGUUGCAUCUCUUUGAUAGUUCAGUUUUGCACCACUACCAUUUUUUAAUCGAAUUAUCUGUUAAACAUGUAUGAAAGGACUGUAAAAUAUAACUUACGAAUGUAAAACUACAUAAUUGUUACAUUGUAUGAACAAAUGAAUGGAAAAGGAUUGCAAAAGGGUCUUUAAACAUUAAAUGUUAUGAUAGCAAGACAUUGUAAUGUUAUAUAUUUAUAUAUGAAUGUAAAGGACCACCACAACACUGUACAAAAAACAAGUAGCAUGCUAAGUUGAACAAUUAAUUAUUUUGCCAUACAUUUGGUCUUUUUGUAUUAUUUCUCAAAUGAAAGUGGAAGGACAUCUUCAG